CUAAUAACGUGUCUUCUUCCAUCAAACCUUAACCAAACCUUUUCCAAAAAUAACACCAAAUUGAAAACCUUACCUUAUAAAAUUUAAUUCAUUUCAAUUUUCACAAACAACUUUACUCAUUCAUUCAUUCAUUCAUUCCUUCUUCAUCACACCCAUUCAUUCAAAAUCCCAACACAAUCGCUCACAGGUUUAUUGGCUGUGGAUUGUGUUGAGGUUUUCGUUUAGGUUGAAGACGCAAGAAGUUUUAAGUUCUGGAAAUGAUGAAUGGACGACAGGCUCAAAAUUGGGGUGAAAGUUCGAGUUCAACUUCAACUUCGCUUAGUAGUCAGCAGGAUGUUGACGAUGAUCAGAUGAUUGCUCUUGUGCUAUCGGAAGAGUAUGCCAAUUUAGAUGGGGCAGUUGGUCGGCGUCUUUCGAACUUGGCACCUGUUCCGCAUGUGCCCCGCAUAAAUACCUUCAUCCCCACCAUAAAUGAUGCCAGUAUGGAUCACCAGCGUCUGCUACAGAGGUUGAAUGUUUAUGGUCUUUGUGAACUUAGAGUAUCUGGAGAUGGAAAUUGUCAGUUCCGUGCACUUUCAGACCAGCUGUUCAGGUCACCUGAACACCACAAGCAUAUCCGUAAAGAUAUUGUAAAACAGCUUAAAGAUCACCGUUCCUUAUAUGAAUCCUAUGUACCAAUGAAGUACAAACGAUAUUACAAGAGAAUGGCUAAAUCUGGAGAAUGGGGUGACCAUGUUACCUUACAGGCAGCUUCUGAUAAGUUUGCAGCUAAGAUAUGCCUUCUGACAUCAUUCAGAGAUACUUGUUUCAUCGAAAUUAUGCCACUGUACCAAGCACCGCAGCGCGAAGUGUGGUUGAGUUUCUGGUCCGAGGUUCAUUACAACUCACUUUACGAUAUUCGAGCUGCACCAAUCCAACACAAACCAAGGAGGAAACAUUGGUUGUUCUAGAAGAUAUAGUGCCGUGUUUGGAUCAUUGCAUGGUGCAUAUAAUAUCUAAAAUGUUAGUAUUCAGAUAUGAAUACAAAGCAUACAAUAUUCAGUGAAAGAUAAACUGCCAGAAUUGAAACUUGAAACUAUAUUUUCCAAAGUAUCAAAGAUGAAGUAGAUUGUCAUUGUGGAUAUAGGAGCAAACAGGCGCGGGAGAAAUCACUUGUUCGAUAAUUUUUUCCCUUUACUAUUAUUUACAUUAUACUUUGGUAAUUUUUUUUUAAAUUUUGUUUAUAUCAUGCCUAUCUUAUAUUGAAUAGAGCAGCUCAUUGUGAUUUGUAUAUAAGUUUUUUAUUUUAAAAAACUUACUUUGUGAA